AUGAGUCUAAGCGCUCGAGAAACGGUCGAGAGGAUCCAGACGGCGCUGGAGCCUCACGUUCGGUCGCGUGAGGAAGUGUCACAUAUUCGAAGGGUGCUGUCCCUGCACCUGCUCUCAAGUUACGAAAAUGGCCCUCAACCUGGAGCCUUGGCCUUGUCGGGCGCAGACUGUACCAUCAAAUCUACAGCUGGCGUGCGCGGCCUGCAGAGAGAUUAUCUGAAGGCACUUCACGCCAACAUCAAAGCCAAACACGACCAUGACGCAGUCAGACAAGCGGGGCAGGAAGGCAGCACCGUCGCUACGAGGACGCUUGAUGGUUCUGGACGACUGGAAGAACACGUCAUCUCCAUCAAGCUCAAGAGAAAGCAGGAACGACUUCAGGCUGUUGAGAAGCAUCUGGAACUCCUGGGCCAGAAGCCGGCCGCGUCGCCAGAAUUUGUGCGGUCAGAGGAGAUAUUCAAGCACAGCAAUAGCUUGCCAAAGGUUCCCAAAACCGUCGUCAGCGGCUUCACUGUGGAUAAUGGCUCAGCCAAAACCGACCUGAAGGCCGUUGUCGAUCGCUUGGAGAAGGCAGUGCUGAGGUCUAAGCUACUGCUGACGAAGGAAGAACAGCUACUGGAGGAAGUCAGGUCUCGUUCCACAGCAACGCGCGGGACAAUGAGCGACGGUGCAAAGCUUGCAGCGUUGAGUGCGACUCGGGACGAGCUCAUCAGCUGGAUGGAGGCGGAACUGGGUAAGGCUUCGCGUCUUGAUAAUUCACAACAUGAGGAUGGGGACGGGAAGCAGAAAACUACGCCGGACAAAGGUCAUGUGCACGAGCAGCUUGCAAUCGUCAAGGAGAAAUACGCCAACUACCUCGCAGCACGCAAGGCUCUCGUUCAGCUGGUCCAACAGCCAACACAGCCCGAGAUCCAGAUGGAGGCCCCUCCGAAGAAGACCGUUCACACUCAGUCUGGGGUCGCACGCACCACCCCAUCAACUCAUCUGAUCACACCUUACAUCGAGGGUCUGGUACAAGUCAGCCAGGACCAGAGGAACUAUAUUGCCCAGAAAUCACACAUAGACACCGUUUUGGCGAAACAAACGGAAGAGGUCGUUCGGGCUUUGGAUCGUCUGACGGAAGAAAGUCAGCUAAUACCUGACCAUCCCAUGCCAGGCGCCGCAAGACGGAAGAAAAGACUUGGGCCCGGCCCUCCCAGUAAUGACGUCGACAAACUCUCAGAUCGUGUGCAGCCGUGGGCUUUUGCGGCGGAUACAGCAAAGCUUGCCACACUCGAGGCUGUGGCAGAGAGAAUCGAGGAAGGACAAGUCGCUCUUGAAAGGUCUACAAAGUCCUUGGCCGAGAUCGACCAGCUGCUGGGUCGAAAUACGAACCCAGGCGGCCAGUCCACAGAAGAGGAGGAUACAACCCUGGACGACAUCUGGUUGACAGAGUCUGCGUCCCCAAAGAAAGAGCCUACGGCAAAGUCUCAUGCCAGGAAUAAGAGCAACAUGGUCAAAGAGAAAGGGGAUGUCUGGUCGACGUUGGAUGGUAGUGUCGGGCUUAUCAAAGCCGAAGACUCCCCACGAAAGCUUCUAUAG